UAAGCAAAUGAUACUGCAAAACUAGAAAUAAGUUCGCUAUGUUGAAUGACUCGGAAUUUUGACUUAUAAAAAGAAAUUGAUUAUACUUUAUAGUCAGUAUAGAUUUAUUCUAGAUCAAGAGUCUAGUCGAGAAUCUAGAAAUCUAAAGAUCUAGUAACGAAUUAUUUUUCUUAAAAAAAAAUGGAGUGUCUCAUUGGUAUUCAGGGAAAAGAUUUUGUACUUGUUGCGACUGACACAGUUUCUGCUAGAAGUGUUGUAGCAAUGAAAGAUGACCAUGACAAAAUGUACAAAUUAAGUGACAGCCUUUUGAUGGCCGUUUGUGGAGAGGCAGGAGAUAGUAUUCAGUUUUCUGAGUACAUUGCUAAAAAUGUACAACUAUAUAAGAUGAAGAAUGGGUAUGAACUUUCAACUCAUGCAGCAGCCAACUUUACAAGGAGAAACAUGGCUGAAAGUCUGCGCUCACCUAGAAGUCACCUAGUGAAUCUUUUGAUUGCUGGCUAUGACAAUGAACAGGGUCCAUCUCUAUAUUUUUUGGAUUAUUUGGCCUCACUUAACAAAUUGCCAUUUGCAAUACAUGGCUAUGGUAGUCUUUUUGCUCUUAGUAUAAUGGAUAAAUAUUAUCAAAAAGAUUUAGAUUUUGAUGGUGCCAAAGACUUGUUGAUGAAAUGCAUAAAUGAGAUACAGAAGAGGUUUAUUGUCAACCUUGGUAAAUUCCGUCUCCGCAUUGUUGAUAAAAAUGGUAUUCAAGAUAAAGGCACAAUUGCUCCACAGCCAAUUAUAGCAGCAUAGAAAAGAAUGAAGGAUUUUUUUUUAUUUUUUUUUUUGUGGUUAAAUAAUUUUUACUACAUCAUUGAACUUUGACUUUAUAUUUAGUCAUUCAUUGACUGCAAUGAAUAUUGAAAGUAAUGACUGUUAUAUAUUGAGACUAGAUAUAUACUUAUGAAACAAAGUACUUGUAUUGACAAUGAAUGAAUGCAAGUUAUACAGCUUUUAUUUCAAUUGGUUUUAAGUUUGUUGCAAUAAAGAAAGUUAAAGUGCUGUGAA